UAAAGACGCAGCUGAUCUGCUGUAAUGAGAUCAGAGCCGAUCACAGGGUCAGGAUGACGAGCUGCUGCCCGCUCACACUCACACUUUCUCUCUGCAGGAAACCAAGAGACCACCACACGUCUGACGGCUGGAUGUGAAUAUUAGGUUUGAUCUGCGCCCCCAGCACUAUGGACUGUCCUGACCUGCAGCUCGGCAUUAUGGGUCUGAAAGCAGGCGUUCUGAGCGAGUCUUUCUGUGACGGAUUAAAACUCUGAAACUCUGACGGGUUCUUGAGUCACUCUUCAAACAAACUCUUUUCCUGUUGGUACCUGACAUUUGGUGAUUUUGGCUGCGGUCACACUGAGACGGUAAGAUGCCGUUCAUGCCAGUGAAGUUCAACCUGCAAAAGCGGGUGAAGCUGGCUCAGGGUCUGUGGAUGAUCUACUGGCUCUCUGUCAUCGUGGGCAUCCUCAUCUUCAGCCUGGGCAUCUUCUUCAAGAUCGAGCUGCGGAAGAGAAGCGAGAUGAUGGACAACAACGAGAGCCACUUAGUGCCGAACCUGCUGAUCCUGGUGGGCCUGCUGGCCUGCGGGGUCAACGCCUUCGGAGGAAAGGUGUGCCACGACUCUCUGGACCCCAUCAAGUUCGCCAAGUGGAAGCCGAUGCUGAAGUCGUAUCUGCUGCUGUGCUGUGGCUUCAACGCGCUGCUGCUGCUGACGGCGCUGUUCUGCUUCCUUAUGCAGUUCGCCGUGUACCUGACGCUGGCCGAGGGUCUCAAGAACAGCAUCAAGUUCUACAAGGACACUGACACGCCGGGACGUUGCUUCAUGAAGAGGACACUGGACAUGACGCAGAUCGAGUUUCGCUGCUGCGGAAACAACAACUUCAGGGACUGGUUCGAGGUUCAGUGGAUCAGCAACCGCUACCUGGACAUGAGCAACGAUCAGGUCAAAGAUCGUGUCCUCAGUAAUGUGGAGGGGAAGUACCUGAUGGACAGUGUCCCGUUCAGCUGCUGUAACCCUGGCUCCCCUCGGCCCUGCAUCCAGCACCACCUGACCAAUAACUCCGCCCACUAUGACUACGACCAUCGCAUCGAGGAGCUCAACAUCUGGACCCGAGGCUGCCGCGAGGCCCUCUUUGCCUACUUCAGCAGCAUGAUGACCAGCAUCGGCGUGCUCAUUAUCGCCACCAUCUUCCUGGAGUCAGCAGACAUGGCCGGGUUAAAGUACCUGACCACAGCUCUUGAGACGAUGGAGGACCCAGAGAACCCGGAGUGUGAGAGUGAAGGCUGGCUGCUGGAGAAGGGAGUGAAGGAGACGUUCGGCGAGCUGCUCGCCAAGCUGAAGACAAUGGGCAAGGCCAACCAGGUGGAGGAGGGCGCAGCGGAGGCUGCCACCUGAGAGCCCCGCCCACCACAAAGAACUGGGGUCUCCCCCCUCCUCCCCCCACCCUCACCUCACCUCCGUCUGCCUCUUCCCCAGAAAUCAGGGAGUGUGAGAGGAGAGGUUUCUAACCAUCGUCUGUACAUACGCCAUUGUUACAACACCACACACACACACACACACACACACACACACACAACACACACACACACAGUGAAUGUGGAUAUAUUUUCCAUGUGUAAAUAUGUUGAACAGAGUUUAUUUUUAAACAGGAGGGACAAAAACCUGCUGCUGUAAAUAAAUCAUCUGGGUCUGGGUUUGAAAUUAUAAACAAAUAUUACAAUAUUAAAUUACAAUAUUAACCCCCCCCCCCCCUAGAUGUCAGUGAACACAUCAUUAUCAGCUGGUCCUGAUGUUUAUAUGUCAGACAUCACGUAUGGAUCGGGCUCUGGUCGUCACCAUCGCACUGCUGACACUGUCCGUUGACAUGGAAACAGACGGCCAAAACAUCCAUUAGAAGUAGGGUCACUCAGUGCUGCCACCACAGGUCACAGAGUGUUACUGCAAUAGUCCCACUGUGACCAUAUGCUUCUGUGUAAACAGGGUUUCUUCUGUAUAUACCUGUAUCGAGAGAUAUAUACUUCUGUAGAUACACAGUUAUAUACAGAAGUAUGUACUUAUGUAUGUACCUCUGUAUGCUUCUGUAUACACCUUUGUAUAUACAAGUAUAUACUGCUGUAUAUACAAAGGCGUAUACCGCUGUAUUGUACCUCUGUAUAUACCUAUAUACAGAGGUACAGUACAGGUGAAGAAGUAUAUACCUGCAUCCAGAGAUAUAAGCAGAGGCAUAUAUCUAUACAGAGGUACAGAAGUAUAUAGGUAUAUACAGAAUACAGUAUAUAUUUAUACUUCUGUAUAUAUAUAGAUAUAUAUCUCUGUAUAUGUAUCUAUAUUCCUCUUUGUAUAUGUAUCUAUAUUCCUCUUUGCAUUUCAGGCGUAUACCUCUGUAUAUACCUCUAUAUACACAUGUAUAUUCCUUUGUAUAUACAAGUAUAUACUGCUGUCUAAACCUCUAUAUACAUAUAUAUUCCUUUGUAUAUACUUCAGUUUAUAUUGCAUACCUUUGUUUAUACCUCAGUAUAUACAAGUAUAUUCCUCUGUGUAUCACAGGUGUAUACUUCUGUAUAUACUUCUGUUUACAUGUGUUUAUACCUUUCUAUAUGCAAGUAUAUGCUGUUGUAUAUACACAUAAAUAUAAAGGUAUAUAUAAUGUAUUUACCUCUGUAUGAACAGGUGUGAACACAAGUAUGUACAGAGGUGUACACAGGUAUAUACAGUGGUAUAUGUAUAUAUAGAGGCAGAUAUAUACAGACGUAUAUACAGGUGUAUAUAACUUUAAUAUGACAUGUACGCAGCUUUCUAAGACUUGUUGAGUUUUUACGUGCAACACAUCUUCUACCUUCACACAUUGUGUUUUUUAAGGAUGAACUGUGCUCUGUGAAAGAUCACAUCUUCAAUAGCUAACGUUGCUUGGCUAACCUGAAGCAGGUGAUGAUUGGAGCCUGUCAGACAGAGCUCAGGGUGUGAAUAAUGGCCGUCUGGUUCUCUGUCAGAGUGACCCCUGGUCAGACUCAAACAGGAAGGUAACGUCAGGUCAGCUGUAGAGUUUAAUUCAGUUCCAGUUACACGUUGUGAUGUUUGUAUGUCUCUGUUUGUUUCUCUGUGAUCUGGAGAGUUGUGACGUUUAAGGCAGUUGUUGUGGGUUGGGCGGAGCUUGUAGUCGCUCCGCCGUGUACGAUAAAACCUAUAAAGAGAUUGUGACUGAC